AUGGGUUCCGAAGUGGAAGAACCCAAUUCAACUUCAACCCCAACAAAACAAUCGACAGAACCAAACACAGCCCAAACGCCACACCCAAUUCAAAACACCAAAAAUCACGCCAACGGUCACGUAGCCGUUACUCCCAUUCCCACUCUCUCCAUCGUCCAACCUCAUUCCCUUCUUCCCAAGCCAGUGCCUCCCUCUGUUUCCAACUCUAACCCAAACGACGUCGUUCCCUCCUCCUUCGGCAGGUUCCUCCGCCAGCGCCGCAACGACCUGUCGUCCGCGAUCUCCAGAGGGAUCUCCACGCUGAAGCAAAACGACUCCUCGUCUAACAAUUACAAGAACAAGAACGCCAACGGCGUGACAGAGUUCGACCUCUCCGGGCUCAAGGUGUUGGUGACGCAGAAAAACGACGCGCCGUUCGCGAAGGGACGAAUCAGCUUCUUCUCGCGUUCGAAUUGCAGAGAGUGCGUCGCGGUUAGGAGAUUCUUCAGAGAGAGAGGAUUUAGGUUCGUGGAGAUCAACGUGGACGUGUACGUGGAACGAGAGGAGGAACUGAGAGAGAGAACGGGGAACGCGACGGUGCCGAAGAUCUUCUUCAACGACAAGCUCAUCGGAGGAUUGGUGGAGCUGAACAUGUUGAGGAAAAACGGCGGCGAUGAAUUGGAGAAGCGUUUGAAGGAAAUGGCAGGAAAGUGCGCCGGCGAUGUGCCUGCGGUGCCAGAGUACGGGUUCGACGCAGCGUUGGAGGAGGUGGAGGAGGAGGAGACGGUGGUGAAGGUGGUGAGAGUUUUGAGGCAGAGGUUACCAAUUCAGGACCGGUUGGUGAAGAUGAAGAUUGUGAGGAAUUGCUUCGCUUCGAGUGAGCUGGUGGAGCUUCUCGUUCACCACCAUGGCUAUGCUACUUCCAAGGCUGUUGAGAUUGGAAAACAGUUAUGCAAGAAGCACUUCAUCCAUCAUGUUUUGGGGGAAAAUGAUUUUGAGGAAGGGAACCAUUUCUAUAGAUUCCUUGAGCACGAACCCUUUAUCUCUAAAUGCUUUAACUUCCGUGGUGCAACAAAUGAUAGUGAACCCAAGGCUGCAGCUGCAGUCUGUGACAGACUCACCAAGAUUAUGUAUGCCAUUCUCGAGUCUUAUGCUUCUGAAGACAGGCGACGUGUUGAUUAUGUGGCCAUUAGCAAAAGUGAAGAAUUUCGUAGGUAUGUAAACAUGACCCAAGACCUGCAGAGGGUGAAUCUUUUGGAACUAUCAGAAAACGAGAAGCUUGCCUUCUUCUUAAAUUUGUACAAUGCCAUGGUGAUCCAUGCUAUCAUUAGAGUAGGGUGUCAAGAAGGUGUAAUUAAUAGGAGAUCCUUCUCUGAUUUCCAGUAUUUGAUUGGAGGACAUCCUUAUUCCCUUAGUACUAUUAAAAAUGGUAUCCUCAGAAGCAAUCGGAGGUCACCAUACUCCUUAAUCAAGCCCUUUAGCUCAGGAGACAGGCGGUUAGAGUGUGCUCUUAUCAAAAUGAAUCCAUUGGUUCACUUUGGUCUUUGCAAUGGAACAAAAUCAAGCCCAAGGGUGAGAUUUUUCUCGCCCUAUAGAGUAGGAGAAGAAUUGAAAUGUGCUGCUAGAGAAUUCUUUGAGAAUGAUGGAAUUGAAGUGGACCUGGAGAAGAGGACCAUUCAUCUCACCCCAAUUUUUAAGUGGUACUCUGCGGAUUUCGGACAAGAGAGAAACAUACUACACUGGAUAGUUAAUUACUCGGAUGCAAAAAAAGCAGGGCUUUUGACACAUCUCUUAGGUGAUGGUGGUGAUGUUACUAUCUCAUACCGGAAUUAUGAUUGGUCAAUAAAUUCCUGA